CUGAAAGGAAGAAGGGCGAGAAGCACAAAAUAUCUGCGGUUUCGCGGUAGCCAUGGGAAGCACAAGCGCAGCUCUCUUUCCUAAUUUGAAGCUCGUCCAUGGCUGCUGCUCCUAUAAACCCCUCGAGUCCGUUGGAAGGCAGCAGAGGCACCAUCAUCACCAAUUACAAUUAACCUCCCCGUCGGUUGGCCGGGCGGACGAAAGUGUGCGGAGAGGGAGAUUGAGAUUCGGUGUUUCGAGAAGCAGGAGGAGCGUCGGAGAGAGAGCCGUGUGCUUUGCCGCCGUGGAUGAUGGUGUCAGCGGGAAGCAAGAGGAAGCGUCCAGUUCUAGCGGCGGUAUUGCUUCAGUUGUUGAGGACCGGCCUGUUGAGAUAACACAAGUGACCUCCGAUCAAGAAAACAAAGGAGGCGCUAUCUAUGAUUUCCUGUAUCCAGACAAAGAGCUCCUUCCAGACGACAAAGAAAUGAGCUUGUUUGAUCAUCUUGAAGAACUGCGUCAGAGACUAUUUGUGUCAGUGUUGGCUGUUGGAGGUGCUAUUGUGGGAUGCUUUGCGUUUUCAAAAGAACUGGUUAUGAUUCUUGAAGCUCCUGUUAAAACACAGGGUGUACGUUUUUUGCAACUUGCACCUGGAGAGUUCUUUUUCACCACUUUGAAGGUGUCAGGGUACUGCGGCCUACUUCUGGGAAGCCCGGUGAUUCUGUACGAAAUCAUAGCAUUCGUCCUGCCAGGUUUAACAAAAGCCGAAAGAAGGUUCUUGGGGCCAAUUGUGUUAGGGUCAUCAGUACUUUUCUAUGCUGGAAUCGUCUUCUCAUACUUGGUGCUGACGCCAGCAGCCUUAAACUUCUUCGUGAGCUACGCUGAAGGUGCUGUAGAAUCGUUGUGGUCCAUUGAUCAGUACUUUGAGUUUGUCCUUAUCCUCAUGUUCAGCACGGGCUUGUCUUUCCAGGUCCCGGUUAUACAGAUUCUGCUGGGGGGUGUCGGUCUAGUUUCAGGAGACCAGAUGCUCUCGAUCUGGAGAUACGUGGUCGUUGGCGCUGUUGUUGCAGCUGCCAUACUCACACCUUCGACUGAUCCUCUAACUCAGAUGCUCUUAGCCGGGCCACUUCUCGGGUUGUACUUGGGUGGGGCUUGGGUGGUCAAGCUAACCGGUCGAUGAGUAUGAACUGGCCUAGUUUGCCAAAUACAAGGAUCGGAUGAACGAAAGUGAUAACUCGGAGGGAAAGGCGAGGAAUCAGUGCAGUAGCUUGUGUGUAUAUUUGCAGCCAGAAAGUGAAAGGUGAACAACUAGUAUAUAGGAAUACCACCGGUGACGGUUAGGCCAAUCUGCUUUUCUGCUUUAUAACUUCGUCUCAACAGAAACCAAAAACCGUAUCCUUUCUUUUAUUUGAUAAUACAAUCUUAGCUUUUUUGUUUGCCACUGCAAAUAAUCUCCAACUCUGAAUCGUUACAACGGAUUGGUUCCCCCGUUAUGUCUAUUAUAUUAUAAAUGCUUGUGCCUUUU